AUGAACACCAACGAAGCCAAGGAGUAUCUGGCCCGGAGAGAAAUCCCUCAGCUUUUCGAGAGCCUUUUGAAUGGACUGAUGUGUUCGAAGCCUGAAGACCCAGUAGAGUACUUGGAAAGUUGUUUACAGAAAGUAAAGGAAUUAGGGGGAUGUGACAAGGUGAAAUGGGAUACAUUUGUAAGCCAGGAGAAGAAGACUUUACCUCCACUCAAUGGAGGACAGUCACGGAGAUCCUUCCUAAGAAAUGUAAUGCCUGAAAAUUCAAACUUUCCUUAUCGGCGGUAUGAUCGGCUCCCUCCAAUUCAUCAAUUCUCCAUAGAAAGUGACACGGACCUUUCUGAGACUGCAGAGCUAAUUGAGGAGUAUGAGGUCUUUGAUCCUACUAGACCUCGACCAAAAAUCAUUCUUGUCAUAGGUGGUCCAGGAAGUGGAAAGGGUACUCAGAGUUUGAAAAUCGCAGAACGUUAUGGAUUUCAGUAUAUUUCAGUAGGAGAGCUAUUAAGGAAGAAGAUCCACAGUACCAGCAGCAAUAGGAAAUGGAGUCUUAUUGCCAAAAUAAUUACAACUGGAGAACUGGCCCCACAGGAAACAACAAUUACAGAGAUAAAACAAAAAUUGAUGCAAAUGCCUGAUGAAGUGGGCAUUGUUAUCGAUGGAUUUCCAAGAGACGUCGCUCAGGCUCUAUCUUUUGAGGACCAAAUCUGUACUCCUGACUUGGUGGUCUUCCUGGCUUGCACCAAUCAGAGACUCAAAGAAAGAUUACUGAAGCGUGCAGAGCAACAAGGGCGACCUGAUGACAAUCUGAAAGCUACCCAAAGGAGACUAAUGAACUUCAAGCAGAACGCUGCUCCAUUGGUUAAAUACUUCCAGGAAAAGGGGCUCAUCAUGACAUUUGAUGCCGACCGAGACGAGGAUGAGGUGUUCUAUGACAUCAGCAUGGCAGUUGACAGCAAGUUAUUUCCAAACAAAGAGGCUGCAGCAGGUUCAAGUGACCUUGAUCCUUCGAUGAUGUUGGACACUGGAGAGAUCAUUGAUAUGGGAUCUGAUUAUGAAGAUCAGGGUGAUGACCAGUUAAAUGUGUUUGGAGAAGACACCAUGGGAGGUUUCAUGGAAGACUUGAAAAAGUGUAAAAUUAUUUUCAUGAUUGGUGGCCCAGGCUCUGGCAAAGGCACACAGUGUGGAAAGCUGGCGGAAAAAUAUGGAUUUACACAUCUCUCAACUGGCGAGCUCCUGCGGAAUGAGCUGUCAUCAGGAUCUGAAAGAAGCAAGUUGAUCAGAGACAUCACGGAACGUGGAGAGCUGGUGCCCUCAGGCAUCAUUCUGGAGCUCCUGAAGGAGGCCAUGGUGGCCAGCCUCAGCAACACCAAGGGCUUCCUGAUUGAUGGCUAUCCUCGGGAAGUGAAGCAAGGAGAAGAGUUUGGACGUAGGAUUGGAGACCCACACCUGGUGAUCUGCAUGGACUGCUCAGCAGACACCAUGACCAACCGCCUUCUCCAGCGGAGCCGGAGCAGCCCGCAGGCAGACGGCAGCACCACCACCAUCACCAAGCGCCUGGAGGCCUACUACCGGGCCUCCAUCCCUGUGGUCGCCUACUAUGAGACAAAAACACAGCUACAUAAGAUAAAUGCAGAGGGCACACCAGAAGAAGUUUUUCGUCAACUCUGCACAGCUAUUGACUCUAUUUUCUGA